AUGUUCCUAAUUCAUAUUCAUGUGGCUGUCUACAAUAUCGUUGGUACUGGCCGUACCCCCAUACCUUUCAAUCAAGUGUCACCAAUAUGUACUAUAGCAAGUGGUUUUUAUACAACCUUUAGUCUCUAUUGGUUUCUCAUUGUCUAUGCUUUAUGUCCACCUGUUCUCAUGCUCAUUUUUGGUUCACUUACUUUAUCCAAUAUUCAUAAACAUCGUCGACAAAUUCGACCUAAUUUAUCUGAAAUUAAUAAUCGCAAGAGAGAGAAAAUUUCGAGACAAAUGUUAAUCAUGCUCAUUGUACAAUGUACUUUCAUAACUAUUUGUACCAUACCAUUAGCUUUACAACGUAUUUACGGCAGCAAUACGUCUUCACAACAAAAGAGUAUAACACAGAAAACAUUGGAUCAAUUAUUUCUUACUAUUGCUGUUUCGCUUGGCUUAGUUGGACAUUCACUUACCUUCUAUAUCUUCACUCUUUCUGGAGCUAUGUUUCGAGAUGAAGUAAAAAAAUUAAUUAUGAAAAUUCCAGGAUGUAGACGAAUCUUUACUGCAACGGGUACACAAGUAAAAACCAACAGGAUACCGCCAGUUCCACUUGAACGUAGAAAUGUGUGA